AUGAGCUUGCAGGUGACUAAUGUGGUUCUAGCAUUGCUUGUGGUUGCAUUCAUUAGUCUAAGAGGUGCUGAGAGUAGAAAAGCAAAGAUUUUGGGCUCCUUUGAGUACAGUGCCAUAAAUUGCAGAGCUCACACUGCUUCGAUAACUGAUUUUGGAGGAGUUGGGGAUGGAAAAACAUCAAACACUAAAGCGUUUAAGGAUGCAAUUGAUCAUUUGAGUCAGUCUGCAGCGAAUGGUGGGUCUCAGCUCAUUGUUCCUGCUGGAAAAUGGUUGACUGGUAGCUUCAGCCUCGCCAGCCACUUCACUCUCUACCUCCACAAGGAUGCUGUCCUUCUUGCUUCUCAGGAUAUGAACGAAUGGCCAGUGAUGAAAGCUCUGCCAUCAUACGGCAGAGGGAGGGAUGCAGCAGCUGGAAGGUACAGCAGUCUCAUAUUUGGAACAAACCUCACCGACGUUAUCAUUACAGGGGACAAUGGCACAAUCGAUGGUCAGGGAGCAUUCUGGUGGGAGAAUUUCCACAGAGGCAAGCUAAAAUACACCAGGCCUUACUUAAUUGAGAUCAUGUUCUCAGAUAAUAUCCAAAUUUCAAAUCUAACGCUCCUGAAUUCCCCAUCUUGGAAUGUUCAUCCUGUUUACAGCAGUAAUAUUAUUGUGCAAGGCAUCACCAUCAUUGCUCCGCUCAAGUCACCAAAUACCGAUGGUAUCAACCCAGACUCCUGCACAAACACUAAAAUCGAAGAUUGUUACAUAGUUUCUGGAGAUGAUUGUGUGGCAGUUAAAAGCGGCUGGGAUGAGUAUGGGAUUGCAUUUGGGAUGCCCACAAAGCAAUUGGUCAUCAGACGGCUCACAUGUAUUUCUCCAUACAGUGCCACAAUUGCACUAGGGAGUGAAAUGUCAGGUGGGAUAGAAGAUGUUAGAGCAGAGGACAUCACAGCCGUCCAUACGGAAUCUGGGGUCAGGAUAAAAACCGCUGUGGGGAGAGGAGGUUAUGUGAAAAAUAUAUACGUGAAGAGAAUGACUAUGCAUACCAUGAAAUGGGUCUUCUGGAUGACUGGAAAUUACGGGUCACAUGCUGAUAAAAACUACGACCCAAAAGCCCUGCCAGUGAUUCAAGGUAUAAAUUAUAGGGAUGUGGUUGCAGACAAUGUGACGAUGGCUGCUAGAUUGGAGGGCAUUGCAGGUGAUCCGUUCAAGGAGAUCUGCAUUUCUAAUGUUACAAUUGGAAUGGCACCGAAGGCGAAGAAGGUGCCAUGGACGUGCACCGAUAUUGAGGGGAUAACAAGCGGGGUUUCUCCACGUCCAUGCGAUUUGUUGCCUGAUCAAGGGCCAGAGAAAAUUACAUCAUGUGAUUUUCCUCCGGAAAAGAUACCAAUUGACUCGGUACAGCUUAAAAAGUGCUCUUACAGAAUGAGUUAUAUGUGA